ACCAACCGACAGACGAGGAGAGACAAGGUAGUUUCCUUGGCUUGGAAUUGAAGGGAUAUGAAUAGGUCGGCAGUUAGAACCACUCUCUUUGUUCACUUAGACUGAAUGGCCGGCCGGAAAACACUCUCACUCACACGCUCUCAUACACUCACACAGCCCAACCCUUUCACCCCAGAUAGAUAGACACACCCAACAGACAUACAUGAUCAUACACCCACAUCACACACUAGACAAUUACACAUUUUUUUCACACCCAUCACUCCCCUCCGUCCGUUCAUUUGACAGGCGGCGCCACCACCACAAGGCUGAGAAAAAGUCUCCUUUCUCCCUUAUCCUCCUUCCACUUGUCACAUUACUCUCAACUCUUAACACUCCUCUUUCCCUUUCUCAUCCUCAACAAACCAAUAGCUCAACUAAAAACUAGGACUCCCUCACUUUAGACACAAACCUCUUUUACACCAUACAAGCCAAUACCAAUCCCUUACUACAAGAACACCCCCUUCUCUCUUAUACUUGAAAACUCCCCCACCCCCCUCUCUCUCUCUCUCCUCUUGGCUAUGGCUAUGGCUCUGGCUCUGGUUGUGGAUCAACAACCAAGCUUUAAGUAUUAUUGUAGGAUCUGCAAGAAGGGAUUUGGGUGUGGCAGAGCUCUAGGUGGUCAUAUGAGAGCACACGGCAUCGGAGACUCCGAGACCGGCAAUAUCAACGAUGAAGACCGGGCCAGCGACUGGGAGGACAAGCUUGAAGGUGGCAACAACCUUCCACCUGGUACCAAGCGCAUGUAUGCAUUGAGAACCAAUCCAAACCGUCUCAAGAACUGCCGGAUCUGUGAGAAUUGUGGUAAAGAGUUCUCUUCAUGGAAAUCAUUCCUAGUGCAUGGUAAAUGUAGCUCCAACGAUGCUGAAUCUCUCGUGUCAUCCCGGGGAUCCGACGACGACGACAACGAUGUGGCUGGCCGGAGAGGUUGUGGUGGGUGGUCUAAAGGAAAGAGGUCUAAAAGACUCAAAUUGGGUAAUUCCAAUUCUAGUGAGGAGGAAGACCUUGCCCAUUGCCUAGUAAUGUUGUCCACAGCCAGAGUUGAUCCACUUGUGGCUGAGACCGAGGAGUCGUGCGCAUCGGCUAGUAAGGAUGAGGAGCGGCGGAAUGUUGCUGCCGCCGCUCAGGCUCCAACCCCUGCCAUGAGAGGGAUGUUUGAGUGCAAAGCUUGUAAGAAAGUGUUCAAUUCACAUCAGGCCUUGGGUGGCCACAGGGCUAGUCACAAGAAGGUUAAGGGUUGUUUUGCAGCCAAACUAGAUGAUCUUGAUGAAAGCCUAGUUGAUGAAGAUGUGAUCACCCAUGAUGACUUCUCAAUUCUACCCUGCAAGCAAGCCUCACACCCUCCAUUGACAGUCCCUUCUAAGAGGAAGUCUAAGGUGCAUGAAUGCUCUAUAUGUCAUCGUGUGUUCUCAUCUGGUCAAGCCUUGGGUGGCCAUAAAAGGUGUCAUUGGAUCACUUCAAAUUCUCCAGACACAUCUUCUAUCCCCAAGUUUCAUCAGAUAUCCAAGUUGUUUAACAGGUCUGAGACUCUUGAUCUCAACCUCCCUGCACCGGUUGAUGAUAUUGCCGGAAUCCGGUUAGACCCCGAGAACCCUUUAAGCUUUGAGGCCCCCACUGCGAUAUAUCUACAACCAUGGAAUAUUGGAGUACACUCCAAUCAUCAUGAUCAACUCCACCAUCAACAUCACCACCACCACCGCCAACAUAACAAUGACAACCUCAGUUACACCAACAGCAACAACAAUACUUUUAAGACCAACAACAAUGCUAACACCUCAGGGAUUAAUGUGGAUGAUGAAGCAGACAGUAAGGUCAAGCUAGCUAAGCUAAGUGAUCUUAAGGACAUGAACUUGGCUGGAAGCUCCUCUCCAUGGUUGCAGGUUGGGAUUGGUUCAACUGCUAAUUGGAGUGGUGACCCCUGAUCAAUGCUUGAAUCAACAGAGAGAUCAGUGUCCUCACAGUGUAUCUUGUAUCAAAAUGACUGUAAUUAAAAAUUCAACAAUCCCAAAUCCAUCAUUCAUGUUAUUAUAUUACCAUCACCACCCCCUCUUUUUUUUUUGGGUAGGUCCCCUGCCCAUUUAUGAUUCCUGGUUGGAUUUUUCAGGCAUUUAUUUCUGAAUAAAAAUUCAAUCUUUUUUCUUCA